AUGUCUGAUAUCACUAAGUGUACUUGGUCUCUUGGAACAAAGAUUCCUACUCCACAUAAUCACCAGAAAUCUCUCCCAGAACCGCCAAUUCUAGAUACGAUUCUCGAUCACAUUGGUAACACGCCAUUAGUGAGAAUCAAUAGUAUUACCAAAUCAGAAGGGAUAGAAUGCGAAAUUCUGGCCAAAUGCGAGUAUUUUAAUGCGGGCGGAUCUGUAAAAGAUCGGAUUGCUAAACGUAUGAUCGAGGAAGCCGAAAAAGAGGGACGUAUUAAGCCAGGAUAUACAAUUAUUGAACCAACAUCGGGAAAUACUGGUAUUGGUCUUGCAUUGGCUGCUGCCAUCAAAGGGUAUCGGACCAUUAUUACCUUACCCGAAAAGAUGAGCCAAGAAAAGGUGGAUGUUCUCAAAGCAUUAGGUGCAGAAAUUGUUCGUACACCAACAGAAGCCGCAUGGGAUGCUCCCGAAUCUCACAUCGGGGUUGCCAAUCGACUGAACAGGGAAAUCCCAAACUCUGUGAUUCUCAAUCAAUACAGCAACCCGUAUAACCCAAUUGCACAUUACGAUCACACCGCAGAGGAAAUUUUGAGUGCGUGUGAGGGGAAAAUCGAUGUCCUUGUUGCCGGUGCUGGUACCGGUGGCACGGUUUCAGGUAUAGCUAAAAAAUUUAAGGAACGAAUUUCUAAUGUGCACAUUGUCGCUGCGGAUCCGGAAGGGUCAUUAUUAGCUGAUCCUACCAAUCCGACUCAAGAAAUUGUUUCGUAUAAAGUUGAAGGCAUAGGAUAUGACUUUGUUCCUACUUCGCUUGAUAGAUCAAUUGUCGAUCAGUGGAUUAAAACGGGCGACAAGGAUUCCUUUAUUAUGGCAAGACGUCUUAUUCGCGAAGAAGGUUUGCUAUGUGGAGGCUCAUCAGGCUCAGCAAUGUGGGCUGCUCUUCAAGUCGCUAAAACAUUAAAAAAGGGUCAACGAAUAGUUGUCAUACUGCCCGACACUGUGCGUAACUAUAUGACAAAAUUCUUGAACGAAAAUUGGAUGAAAGAAAACGGUUUUUUGGACGAUGCCACCAAAAAAGAACAAAAAGCAAAAGUAGAACAAUGGGGUGGUGCAACAAUAAAAGACUUGAAUCUGAAACUGGCAAUAACAAUCGAUUCACAAUCCACGUGUCAUGAAGCGAUCGACAUUCUUGAAAGGAACGGGUUCGACCAACUGCCAGUUGUUGACGAGGGAUCUAAAAACAAACUUGUGGGUUUGGUCACGCUCGGAAAUCUGUUAUCGCGAAUAUCGAGCGGUCGUGCGACCUCAAAAUCACCUGUCGCUGAUGUAAUGUUUAGAUUUGAUAAACAUAAACAUCCAUUUGAAGAGAUUACAGUCGAUACACCGCUUUCAAAGUUGACUACUUUCUUUGAACAUAAUAGUUCUGCGAUUGUGACUGAACGUGAUAGUGAUGGUGCGUUUGUUCCGAAGCACGUUGUUACUAAAGUGGAUUUGCUGUCGUAUUUGAUUCGGAAAGUGUGA